AUGGAUGAACUCAACACCCUUUGUGGCAUUGAAGGAUGUGCGAUUGUAUACUCACAAUGUGAGGAAAUUCCCGAGGUUUGGCCCAAUGAGGAAAAGGCUGAGAGUGUGGUGGCCCGAUUUAACAUGAUGCCAAAUGUGAAUCGACACAAAGGGAUGGAAAAUCAGGAGUUGGUAGAAAUUGGUGAGAGGAUGAGAGCGCUCUCAGUGAAAUCAACUUUGAGUCUGGUUCAAGAUUCAAUUAAUCCUACAAGGGUUAACGAAGAUGUAGCUGAAUGUUCGACGAGUCGUAUGAGAUUGAAGGAUGAUGAAUUUGUGAUUCAGAUAGAAGAGAGUGAUGAUUAA